ACCUGGAGCCUGGGGCCUUUUCCUUGGCUGAGGAGGAAGAGGAGCCCAGGGCAGCAAUGAAGGGCCUGAGCCGCCUGCUCCGCGCCGGGGAGGAUGCCGCGCAGGCAGCCGUGGCAGUGAGCCACGAGGGCCUACUGCCAGAUGAGAGAGAAUUUCAAUAUGCUGCUAAAAUGAACAAUCUGGAUACCAUGGAAAAACUGUUUAAAAAGAAUGUUAAUAUAAAUGCUGUAGAUACUCUGAAGCGCACAGCAUUUCAUUUUGCUGUUGCGGGAGGCCAUAUGUCCGUGGUGGAUUUUCUUCUCUGUCACAAAGCAAGACUUGACAUGCCAGAUCAGCAUGGCCUGACAGUGAUUCAUCUUGCAGCUUGGACUGGAAAUCUGGAUAUAAUGCAAAAAUUAGUUAAAGCAGGUGCUGAUCAAAAGGCUAAGAAUGAGGAAGGAAUGAAUGUACUGCAUUUUGCAGCUCAGAGCAACAGCAUUAAAAUAGUUGAUUAUUUCCUCCAAGAUCUUCAUCUGAAUGACUUGAACAAACCUGAUGGGAAAGGUAAAAAGCCAUUUCUUCUGGCCUGUGAAAAAGGCCACAUUGACAUGAUUAAAAAUUUGAUUGCUCUGAAGCUAUUUACAUCUGAAAAAGAUGAGGAGGGAAACACAGCAUUGCAUUUAGCAGCCAAAAAUGGUCACAGUGAAGUUGUAGAAAUUCUGCUUGAACAAUGGGAGGAAAUAAAUGACCUCAAUCAGAAUGGAGAAACUCCAUUUUACUUGGCUGUUGCAGGAGGUCAUGAAAAAUGUGCUGAACUCUUACUGGAGGCAGGGAGUGACAUCAAUGUUUCAACUCAGAACAAUAGUAAUGCUUUGCAGAUUGCAAUUCAAAAUGGGCAUCUAUCCUUGGUUACUUUUCUUAUUGAUAAGAAUAUUGACCUGGUUCCUAAACCUGAGCAGAAGAAUUCCCCUCUCCAUUUAGCAGUUACCAAUAAUAAUCUACCAGUAGUAAAAAGCCUUUUGGAUGCCAAUCACGACAUAAACUCCUUAAAUCACAGGCAGGAAACCCCUCUACAUCUGGCAGCUGAUCUUGGCAAUGUGGAAUUGGUGGAAGUGCUGCUGAAGUCAGGCUGCAAUCUCAAGACCAUAGAUAAGCAUGGAAAAACUGCACUAGCCACAGCAUCAAGGAGCCAUCAUGCCCUCAUUGUAGAUAUGAUCAUUAAAGCAGAAAGGUAUUUUGCCAUGCAACAGACACAUCUAACUCAUAGUGGUAAUGGGUCAGACUUCAGCGUGUCCUUCAAACAAGAUCACAGUACACAGACCAAGCAAAUCCGUUCCUGCCUUUGGAAUUUAGCAUACAACCAGUUAAAACCCCGUGAAUGGAAAAAACUGGCUGUGUUCUGGAAGUUCACAGAUGAACAAAUUAAAGCUAUUGAAGAACAGUGGACAGGGAAAAAAAGUUACAAGGAACAUGGAAACAGAAUGUUGCUCAUCUGGUUACAUGGUACCUUGCUGUCUCAUCAGAAUCCUGUUAAACAUCUGUAUGAAGAUCUGGUGAAAGCAGGAUUUCGGCCUUUAGCUGAGAAGAUCAGAGCUUCAAUCAGCAUUGGCAUGGACUCCAAGAAAUGUGUCAUUUCAUGAGCAUCAACAAAACAUGGCAUAUAUGAUGGAAUUACAUGCCAGAUGGAAAAAGUGGCUUUCAAAUAUCUUUUUGGGAAAAAAAAACCUGUUUUGAAGUUGUACAACUUUUUCCACCCUAGAAGAAUUUGCAUUCCUGAAAUGGUUACUUUUUUCUCAGAUGCUUGCUAUACAGAAAUGUAAAAAAAUUAAGAGCAAAUGGUUGACUGGUAGUUUGUAACUGCUAAGCAGGACUCACCAGUUACAAUUUCUAACCAAACACUGAUAGAGUAAUUCUGUAUUGGAACUGCAAGUUAAGCUACUUGGUGUUUGGUGUGAAAUGUAAAUAAGAUGUUUUCUAUAAGAAAAAGUUAAAUUUAAUACAUGAAAGUUAUGUGUGUAAAUCAAUUAACACUUGCAGAAAUAAGCUGGCAUCUGGCCUCACUUAGGAUUCAAGUUUUUAUAAAUUCUUGCUAGGAUUAUAACAAAUCUUUCUACUGCAGUAUUUGAUUCAUGUAGUGAAGAAAUACAAAAAUGCCAUGUGUAAACACCAUGUGUGUCUAGCUGCAGAAUUUUCUAUCACGGCAUGACCCCAAAAGAGCAUCCAAUAUUUAAUACUUAACACAUCUAGAAAUUUUUUGCCUAUUUCUUGUUCAUGUCUUGAAUUAAUACUUGGCAGUGUCCUGCUGAAUAUGUUUAAAAGUUUUCCUAUUACUGGCUAUAUUUAAUUCUGAAAAAUUAUGUAAAUGUCUAUCUUUUGUCUUCUCUUUAUAACAUAGCAAUAGUUUUAUCAUGUAAUAGAGGAACUGAAUUGUCUUUUCUGUUUGCAUAUAGCUAGAAUUAUUUCAUGCUGAAUCCUAGUGUUUGAACUGAAAAGGUGAUUCUGAAGUGUUAUUCCAAACUGCCCUCUUGCGUGCAACCCUCUUUGACUUGGCUGCAGAGCACCCCAGGAAUACAAAGAACACACUGGUAACCCCUAAGGUUUUGAAAUUAGGAAUCUGAAGUACAGAUGCUGGGAACCCUACAGUAUUCAUCAAGUUCUGCAACAUUAGCUUGGAAAAUUAAAAUGUUUAAGAAUUUGAUGGACUGGGUACCUCAUUUACCCUAAAUUGGACCCUGGGGGUAGAGGAUGCCACCC